CUUCUGUCAUUACACUUGACCAAAAAAUAAAAGUAUGCGAAAGAGUGGUGCAGGACUCUUCUUGAUUUGUUAGCUUGUGUGGCUAAAUAGCUAUUAGCUAACUAAUCAUGGAGGAUGAAGACGUGUCCGAUAACUGGGAAGAAGCUGCGGAUAGCGGAGAAAUCGAGAGGCGCCUCGAAGCGAAGCUGAAAAUCAGUCAGAAAUCCGAAAGCGUCCCUGUGAAGACGGGCGUGGUGAUUCAGGACGAGUCCUUGCCGGCGGCUCCGCCUCCUCAGAUCCGUAUCCUGAAGCGCCCUCCCAGUAACGGCGUCCUAAACGCACAAGGUACGAGCGCUCGACCCGCGCAGCAGCCCAAAUCUCUGAAACAGAGAGAGGCCGAGUACGCCGAGGCCAGGAGGAGGAUUCUGGGAAGCGCCAGUGCUGAAGAACCUGCGCGGGAGAGAGAAGACUCGGACAGAUCGGCGUCAGAUUCUCUCCAGUCGAACAGUAACGUUAUUCGGCAGCCCCGGGGGCCGGACGGCACGGCAGGGUUCCGCCUCAGCAGAUAGAGAGACAGCGAGCACUGAGGAACAUAAAGGAAAAAAAAACGAGAAUCGCUUCGGUCAAGAUCUUUCGUCCGUCUCCUCUUUUCUGUCCGAGCGAGGGAGGGCGUAAUGACGGCGUGAUCGCUGUGUCGGUGUUUCGCCGUGAGUCUCUCAGUAACGCUCGCCGGGGUGCAGUCAGGAAUCACUGCAGGGGUCCGAUACGGUUCAAAAGCGCUCUUGUCGACUUCCCCUAACGACUCGGACGUGCGUGAACGCUGCCGCCGAGCGUCCUCCUUUCAACCCUCUACAGAGUCGUAUCGGCUCGCUAACUCGCCGGUUGACUAGCGUGCUAAAUACCUAGCGUGCAGUUCCCAGCGCUGACGUGCACCAUAGACCAUGGAGCUAAUCGAAAAUUAUAUUUUUUUAAACGUGCAGUAAUUUGUUUAUCAUUUUACAUCACAGUUUUCACCCUUUUCAAAAAAAAAAAAAAAAAAAAAAAGGCCGCAAUGCCUUCUGGGAAGUUUCAGCUCAAAAGGGUCGUCCAGCGAAGUUCAGCUGAUGAACUGAUGAAGGAACUAAUCGAGGGGAGGUGGACAAGGGCGCGUGGGGGGAAACAAACUCUUCUGAGCCCCCAUUUCAGAGAACAUCAGACGUUUCCAGAAGAAAAGCGUCACACUGACAGCAGAGAGACUUUAAACUUUAUAGAGGCUUUAAAGUUUGUCCAAAGAUGAAAUGUCCACAAAACUUUAGGCCAGAACUGCGUGAGGAAGAAAGAUGGAAGUUUGAUUGUUUAUACAGUUCUGUGCAAAAGUCUUAGGCACAUGUAAAGAAAUGCUGUAGAGUAAAGACGCCUUCAAAAAUAAUGAAAUUAAAUGUUUCUACAUUAAAAAAUCCUAUAAAGAGCAGUAAACAGUAAUAAAUGAAACAAAGUCAGUAUUUAAUGUGACGAUCCUUCACUUUAAAUAAAUAAAGCAGUAUCUGAGGUGCAGUGUGUGCAGUUUUAUAAGGAAAUGAGCUGGAAGUGUUACUGAGCAUCUUGCAGAAGCAGCCACAGUUCUUCUGGAGACUUUGACUGUCGACUCGCUUCUUAUUUCUGCAGCGAAACCCAGCAGCCUUCAUUAUGUUUUUAUCUGAAAAGUGUCUCUUAUGGAAUCUGCUGCUUUCUUUACUGACAUACAAACAUUUUUCUGGAACAUUUCAUUUUGUGCCGGAAAACUAAUGUUUGGAAUCUAAAAUGUUUUUGUACUGAAUCAAUAAUGUAGAAGUCAGAAAAUAAACAUCUAUAACAAAGUUUGUACUAAAAAAAAAAAAAAAAAAAAUUAGCGGGCCAAGACUUUUGCACAGUACUGUAGCUCUGUGGGAUGAUUCUCAAACACAUACACACACACACACACACACACACACACACAGGUUUAGCUAGCUGCUUCCAUUACUCGUUAGCUACGUUACUCUGUGAAGAAAGCAGAGCUGAAGAGAGAAACUUGAUCGGCUCAGUCAGAGGAAUCGUGACGUUGUGGACGUUUCAUUUUUGCCUGAAAGAUCAGUUUAAUUUAAUUUCUGAUGAAAUCACACACAGUAAAACUCAAACCCAGCAAUAACAUAAACCACUGUCAGCUCACUCUGUGCCUGGUUUGCUUUCUGUGUGUGUUUUAUUUAUUUUUGAUGAUGUGUGUGUGUGUGUGAUGUUCAGUGCUUGUUGUUUGUUGAUGGAUUUAUUACAGUCUGUAAAAGGCGAAGUUCAGACGGAGCUGAGGGAAGUGCAGAUGUUCCUGAGGGGUUUGUGUCGAUUGAGGUGUUUUUUUUUUUUUCUUGAUAUAAUGACGUAUUUUUCUCGUGGUUCAUCUGUCUAUCUCUCUAUCUUUCUAUCUGUCUGUCUAUCUGUCUAUCACACAUAUACACACACACUGUCUAUCUAUCUAAAUAUCUUUCAAUUACACAUACACACAUGCACAAUCUAUUUACUUAAUCUGUCUGUCUCUCUAUCUCUCUCUCUAUCUAUCUAUCUCACACACACUAUCUACUGAAUCUGUCUAUCCAUCUGUCUGUCUAUCUAUCUAUCUCAAUCACACUCUAUCUAUCUGUUUCAAUCACACAUACACACACUAUCUAUCUAUCUGUCUAUCUAUCACACAAAAAUGCUUGUUUUUUUUUUUUUUAUCAGUUUCUCCUGGAUUAGUUAAAUGAGUGAGUUCUGUGAGAGCGGUUACAAGCUACAAUCUCACAGAAAGACGCCUGCUGCCGAAAAGCUCUAUAACGUGUGUGUGUGUGUGUGUGUGUGUGUGUGUGUGUGUAGAGCUAUUGUUGAGGGUUUUUUCUUUCUCUUGCGAGUGUUAAUGGUUUAUUCCGACACUAAAUCAGAUCUACAGCAGGUCUGGGAUUUCAGUCGGAGCUCCUCAGCAGCUCAUUAACUGUAAAAUAAAUUCCAGUGCAAUUCCUCAGAACAGAUUUAUUUUGUAAACAUAAUCAAUCAGAUAAUCAGACUCGUUAUUUAAACACACAGAUUCAUAGUUCAUUCCUGAACUUUCUACAGACAGAUCUUGGUUUUUCCAACUCGAUAUGAUCCAUAGGACUUGGACUUGACGUACGAUUUCAUUUCCAACACUAUGACUAAACUAAACUAAACAAUCCUGAACUCUGUGCUGGUUUACGGACCACACGCCCUUUUAAUGUGAGAAAGUCCACUUUAUUUAUUUCAUUCCCUAUUUUAGCGACUCGGUGAUGAAAAUCUUCAGGAUCCAUCGGUACGGUCACACUGAAUGUCACCUUAACUUCAUCUAUCACUCGAGUUCAGUUUGAUGUCUCUUUACGGUGUGUGUGUGUGUGUGUGUGUGUGUGUUAUUUACCCAAUGCCUAAGACUCAUCUCUGAGCCCAGAUUAAUCCUUUGCUUUCAGUCUAAAGCUUCACUUCCUUCAGUAGAGGCAGCUAUUAAUCAUCACACAGGAAGUCGAAGCUGCAAAAAACCCCACAAGCCUCUUUCACUUCCCUUUAACUGACCUGAAACUCAUAACAAAACCCACACACAUUGUGUAUUAAGUAUUUUUUCCCCACUCAGUGAUAAAGACUCUGUUAUUUUUCUCCAGUCGUCUUACAGGUUUUUGUUUUCAGAGCUCUGAGGCAUUCACACACGCUGUAUCCACAUCUAACACUCCUGAUCCGGAUUCAGACCAGCUCUCUGGCCAAAAGCGAAACGUACACAAUCACACACAUGAACAAACCAGAACAUAACGUAUUUCUUCUUUUUCUUCUUCUUCUCCUUAAGAUGCAAUCUGAUCCCAGUCCUUGUGCUCCCUAAAAUGUUCUGAUUCCCUGAAGGCUUUUGGUUUUCGUGGUCAUUUCCCUCAUGUCCACUCGUAGUAAACAAAAACAUGACUGGACUUUAAACCGUUGAUGUUUCUCCAUACUCAGUAAAGGAAGCUCCUCAGAGGAGUGUAGGUGUUCAAGACAAAGUUCAAGACUCCUAAAUACGAGUGCGAGUGGUGAUUCCUGCAUCACUACACCCACAGAACAUUUCUAAAUAUAAAAUCUCUUCAGCACACAAAGACUGAAUCUGGAACCCUUACAGGUUCUCCGGUUAUGACGCUGCAGGAACUGGUCAAGAUUUGAUGUAGAACCCUAUGAUGGAGAUCAGAAAGAGUUCCAGAGAACCUGUUUUAAUAAGCUGAGAACCGUGUUUGAUGUUUGAUCCCGUUGUGUCAGGAGUUUUCUCCUGAUUCCCAUCUCUAACGCGAUGGAAGACGAUGAGCGAGGAUUCACAGACAAUAACGAAGUCCUUCAUGAGGAUCUGCGCUUCAGUGGAAGUGUUUAUUUCCCACAAUUCUUUGCCUUAUGUACUGUGUGUUGUCUGAUGUCAUCUUUACUGUUAUAACACGUUUGAGAUGGAGAUACGCCGUGACGUGACGUGACGUUCCUCUCUGAUUCCUCACUGCGCUUAUGUUCCCCAUCUCCAUCAUCUGUCUGCUCACAAAUAAACUUUAUUCUGGAGUA